AUGCCAAUAACCGAAAAGGGUACUUUUAGCUCUCUCCAUAAAUCCGAAGAGGGACUGUAUUAGUCUACUAGAGAAAUUAAUAAGUAUUUAUUGAGGUUUAAUGAUUAGCUAAUGGAGGAAGAAUAUUUUUAGUUUAGUAUUUAGAAGUAUAGGUAAUUAGGCUAUGUAAUUUGUCUGAUAUAAAUUAUAAUCUAUAUAGCAGAUUUUAUCAAUUUAUUCUAAGAGAAUAAACUAACAUAAAAAUAUGUAGUUUUUUUUGUCUUGAUGCUUUUAAUCGCAAUUUUCUUGUUGCUGAUUCUUUAUUUUAAGGGAAACUGGUUUAAUACAAUAUAUUCAUUCUACUACACUUUCUAUAUCACACUUUUAGGAUGGUCCAUGUAUGAUUUUGACUCAAAUUAAUCAGCAGUUAACAUGAGUAGCAUAACCUAAAUUGAUAUGUUUAUAUACGGAUUUACGAUUUCUUCAAUCCUCAUUUUAGGUAUUACAGGGUCUAAUUAUUUGAUUAAAAAUAUAUUAUUUACUUAUGGUACUAUAUUAAUAUAUGUAUCAAGAGCCAUUCAAGAAAAUGUAUAGUAUUACGCGAUUAUUCGUGUAAUUUUAGUAAUCUUAUUAUAUUAUUAUGUUUCUUACCACAGAGAAAAAGCUCAUCGCAUAUCGUUUCUUAAACAAAAAUAAAUUGACUCUUACAACAAUAUUAUGAAUAAUUAAAUUCCUCAUUGCCUAUUUGCUGCUAAAUUUAAUUUUAAAGAAUAAAGGAUUGAGCUCUUUAAAUGCAACAGUAGGGCAUAAAAGGAAUUUAAUGUUAAUGACAAUGAGGACUUUGAUAAGUUUAUUAGCAAUUCUUAUUUAAUACAUCAACAUGAAAAAACAGAAAAAAGUGUUGCAAGUGCACACGCAAUCUCUAAUUCAGCAAGAUAAUAAGAAUAAUCCUGGGAAAACUCGCUGAAAGGAAAGAUAAGAUAAUUAAUUUAAUAAAAAGAAAAAUAAGAGUUAUAGCAAUUAUAAAAAAUCAAAGACGGCAGUGCUUCCAAAAUAAAUAAUUAUCAAUCAGAGAUAAAUCUAAAUUAAUCUCCUAUAAUUAAAUUAAAGCUUAGAUAAUAAGGUCUUGGAUCUGAUAAUAAAAUCAGUGUUAGACUCAGUAUAUUUAAACUCCAUGAGUAUUACGUAAUUAUCACAGUUGACAGAAACCACAAAAAGAAAAAUAAAUUUAAAAAGGAAUUUAACUCUAAAACAGGUCCUAAUAAUGAAACAGGAAUUAAGAUUAUAAAACAGCGCACACAAGAGAAUAUUCGAUAUGUUACAUACCAAGAUGAUAUCGCUUAAAAUCAUGAAACCCCUAUUUUGAACAUUGGAGACUAAAUUUCUCCUAUUAUUUAAAAAACUCAAAUAAAUGGCUAAAUAAUGAGUUUUAAUCCUGAUUAAUAUUAAAUAAAAAAUACUCAGCAUUUGUAGCCAGCAACCUCACCAAAUUUCUAAUAAAUUUCAUAGCAAUAAUUCAGUAAUUCAAUUAUUCCAAAUUCUUAGAAGUAAAGCCCAACUCUACAAGCAUAAUUAUAAAAAGAGGAAGAUUAAGUAUUAGUAAAUAAAAACUCUCCUCCAAAUAAUUAUGCUACUUACUCUUUAUCGGUAUAGCACACAAUGAGAUAAGGUUAUAAUCCUAAUAACCAUUCAUUUAAUUUUGGAAGCAACACACCUACUACAGGUUAAACUAAUGGCAAUUUUAAUUACCAAAUUGAUACAGCAAAUAUUGUUAGCAUAAAUGGAGUAGAUAAAAAUGGUGCUACAAACAUCACAAAUGGCCAAAGAAAGAGCUUUUUCAAUGCUAAAACUAUAUCAAACAAUAACUAUUUGAAUUAUAUGACUCAAAAAAAGCUUACCCUGACGAAUCCUACUAAUAUGGUAAAUAUGGCAAUUAGGAAACCUAUGAAUAGUAUAAAUUCAGUUACUUCUACUAAUCUACCUUUGAGUAGCUCUCAUAUUAACUAAGUUAGAAAUACUUCUAUCGAUUAAUAUUAACCAAAUCCUAGAAUUUCAUUAGGAAGUCGCAGUAAUACAAACAAUAACUUUAACUCUCAGUCUGGAGGUGGUUAACCAAGUAAUACUAAUCAUCAAUAAAACUCUCUCGAAAAAAAAGUAAAAGAAAAAAUUUUUGAUACUUGCUUCGAAAUAAUUGCUCAAACUCUUUCUCUCAUUUAACGCUAUAAGUCUAUUGCGCCUAAUUUCAAAUAAAGUAAAAUGAGUACUCAGUUUCUUUAUUAGUAUAGAAACUAGUCAACCUCAUAGCUACACAUGAUGGCAAGUAACAACAUGCAAAGUUAAAAUUUGCAUCUUAAUCAAAACUGUGGAGGAAAAGAGAUGAAUUAAUCAAACUUUUCAGAUUAGAGUUACUAUGAGGCUUUCGAGAAAUACACAUCUUGUAUGAUGCAGUAAAUCCUAAUAAACAACUCUAAUUUUUUAAAAUUUACAAGACUAGUCUUCAACUAAGUUAAUGUAAAAACAGCUUAAUUAAAUUCCUUAGACUUAAUUGAGUUUUUAAAAGUUUAGCUCAAUCCAAUUUUAGCUGAAAAAAGCAUUUAACUUUAUCUCUAGGAUGAUUUUGAUGCUACAUUCUACACAGAUGCGAACAUCUUAAAAUUAAUACUAAUGAAUUUAGUUCUUUACACAGGAAAUAUUUUAACAGAACUAUAGUAUAUUGGUUUAAAAUUUAAUUUAAAUGAUGAUAAUACUACUCUAAAAGUUCAGCUCUCAAUGCCAUACAGAGAAAACCACGUAUUUGACCAUAUUGAUACCCUUCACAUUAUUGCUUUAGACUAAAUUGAAAAAGAUUAUUAAGUCUUACAUAAAUUUUAUGUAGAUUUAAGAGUUGCUUUUUGUAUGAUCAAAAAGCUUAACUAUGACAAUCCUUAGGUAGAAGAUUAUAUAAAAUUUACCCACACUCAUCCAAAUAACAAUCACAUGUAUUUGACUUUUACAAUUCCUGCUUAGCCAUUUACUCCGAAGUCGAAUUUAGAGAGCAACCACAUACCAAUCAAUGAGAAUCUACAUAGUCUUAGCAAUCAUAACAAUCCGGUUCACAGAUUGGAGGAAAAUAUCAACUUAAAUGAAAAAGAUUUUAUAAAUUAACGAUCCCAAAAUGAAAUUAAUCAAUCAGCUUACCAUAACAUGUAGUCAAAAGAUAUAAGAAAUACAGAAGAGUGUUUUCUAGAUGACUCAAUAAGCUCUAUUGAAAGAUGGGUAACAAUUAAGCAAUACACAACUCGUAUAACUGAUAAAUAAAUAAAACUAAUCGUUUGA